CCUCGGAGUGGUUUUCGCUAACAAAGCAGGCUCUAAAAUGUCGGGAGAGGUGUAUCUCCUGUGGCUCCUCUCGCUUAUACAAACGCUGUCGGCGUACGGAGCCGAUCUGUCGUCUGAGGCAUGCAGGGAGCUGGGCUUCUCUAGCAACCUGCUGUGCAGCUCCUGUGACCUGCUCGGGGAGUUCAGCCUCACCAAGCUGCAGCCCGACUGCGGGCAGUGCUGCCAGCAGGAGGCCCAGAUGGAAGCUCGCAAGCUCUACGCUGGAGCCAUCCUCGAGGUGUGUGGAUGAAAAUUGGGGAGGUUCCCUCAAGUCCAAGCUUUUGUCAGGGGUGACAAGCCAAAGACGUUCAAGGGUCUUCAGAUCAAGUACGUGAGAGGCUCAGAUCCUGUACUCAAGCUUUUGGACGAUAACGGGAACAUCGCUGAAGAACUCAGCAUCCUCAAGUGGAACACAGACAGCGUGGAGGAGUUUCUGAGUGAGAAAUUAGAACGGAUAUAGACACGUGUAUGAUUUUUGUUUGUUAGUCUUUAGUUAAAGGGUCGAUUCACUCAAAUUACAAAACGCCGUGCAGAUAUACUGUUUUAUGUGCCUGAUAUUUCUGCGUCCACCUUCAGGUAAAUGGAGUUUUGUUUUUUUGUGGUGUUCACAGCACUGAAAAAUUACAGACAUGGAAAAAAUGAUCAGACCACCCUUUUUCUUCAAUUUCUUAAUUUUAUUGCCUGGUACAACUAAAGGUACAUUUGUUUGGACAAAUAUAACGAUAACAAGAAAUAUAGCUCAUAAGAGUUUAAUAUAAGAGCUGAUAUCUAGACAUUUUCUUUUGCUUGAUAAUAGCCAAAAUCAUUUUCAAGAAAACCAGAAAAAUGUCUAGAUAUCAGCUCUUAGAUUAAACUCUUAUCAGCUAUUUUUGUUGUUGUCAUUAUAUUUGUCCAAACAAAUGUAUCUUUAGUUGUACCAGGCAUUGAAAUGAACAAGAAAUUGAAGAAAACAAGGGUGGUCUAAUUAUUUUUUUCCAUGACUGUAUAUUUAAAAUAUUUAACAGAAGCUUGUCCUGCCAGAAUCUGUGUCCUGGUUACUGUAGAUCGACUGCUUUUUCAACACUUUUCAUAGGAAUUGCUUUCUACUGAAGAAAAAGUUCCUUAAAAAAGUCUUCGUAGAAAGACUUGAGCUGUAAAUCUAACUUUUAAUGUUCUGAGCACCACAAACAAAAAAAAACCUCCCCUCCAUUGUCUCACAAGACAGCACUUUUAAAGCAAAUUAAAACUAUGUGCAUGGCAAAAAACUGCUAUGGGCUGCUGAUAUUUUUAUUUUUUUUUGUAAUUUGGGUGAACUGACCUUUUAGUUAUUUACCAAUUUGUACACAACUCGGCCUUGAUACAUGGUUGUUACAUCACUAUAUGACUGUUUUGUAUCUGAAAAAUCCUGAAUUUCUUGUCCGGAUUUGACCAAAUAACUUAUGUGAGAGUAUGAAAAAGACAUAAUCACAGAGCCCAGCUGGGCAGCACACCAUUAAAUAAUGACCAACAUAAGGUUUGAAACUCGAAAAAUGCACAUCAUGAAGUGUUUUGUUGUCUACCUGUGGGAGUUUACGUUCCCCCUUCUGUCUGAUAUUCUUGUAUGAUUAUUUUUUUACAACGCUCAAAAUUGUGACUGAUGGAGAUUUGUAGUAAGAAUGAAUCCUAGUUGCUCUCCGAAUGCAGACGUCUUUGCUGAAGCACACGUCAGUGAAGACCUCACAGUAAACCAGUUGUUGGGAUGUGAGGUCUGAUGUAUGUUUGUGUUUUUUUAGCGUCUUCUGCUUUGAAGAGAAACUGGAUUUAUUUUUGGAUGCUUGUUUUUGAGCGAGUGAGGUGACAGUUUAAAUAUGCAACAAUAAACAAAGUCUCUGAUGGGU